AUGGACUCGGCAAUGGUGCACGUGACGGGCAUGCUCCUGUUUCUAGAUAUCUUUGCUCCGGAUGUAUUGGGCAGCUGCGCUUUCCUCCUCGGCUGUACCAGCGCCACCAUCGCCGUUGCCGGGAUUUGGGCCCUUUCAAACUAUAGAGGUGCGCUGCAGCGGUAUCGGCGACGCAUCAGUAGUUUGCUGGACCGCGCGCUCUAUUCGUCUGCCCGACAAGUGCUUCCUGCGUUUGCAUUACGACAAGAAGGCGGUGGCAGCAGGCGCGGUGACGGUCCGAGGGCUUGCACCGUCUGCUUAGAUUCACUGAAGGCAGGGGACAUGGUGAGAUCGCUGCCGGCGUGCACGCACAUGUUUCAUGCGGACUGCAUCGACCCUUGGCUUCGCCUGCACUCGACGUGCCCGCUUUGUCGGUCGGAUGCAUUUCUUAAUUAG